AGUUACUCCUCUUUGGGGAGCCAGAAAAAAAAUUAAAAAAAAACGACGGAAAUGCAAUUAAAAUAUCUGAAAACCCUGCUGGAAGGUCAGGAGCACAUCAAUCGCAUUGCGGGCCUGGCUUGGUCUCCAAAUCACAAGAAAUUGGCUGUGGCCACUGCAGACCGUCACAUUUUACUCUAUGACGAUGUGGGUGAACGGCGUGACAAAUUCUCCACCAAACCAUCUAAUCCGGCCAAUGGUAAGCAAUCCUAUGUCAUACGAGGUCUUGCCUUUAGCCCCGAUUCCACGAAAUUGGCGGUGGGCCAGAGUGAUAGCAUUGUCUAUGUCUACAAAUUGGGUGAAUCUUGGAAUGACAAAAAGGUCAUAUGCAACAAAUUUCCCCAGACAGCAGCUGUGACGGCGCUGAUAUGGUUAUCAUCGGGAGCCAUCAUUGCAGGUCUCGAUGAUGGAAAAGUGCGUGCUUUACACUGCAAAACAAAUAAAUCUCAAAGUCUUUAUGGGGCCGAAAGUAUAUGCGUUUCAUUGGCCCCCAACACCAGGGGUACCGCCUUUCUGUCCGGUCACAAUGAUGGCACCAUUAUACGUUUCUUUCUGGUGGAUGAGGGUAAUGAACCAUCGGGUCGUAUAAUACAACAUCCAGUGCCACCCUUUGCCUUGGCCUGGCCACAAGGCGGAUUCUGUGUGGGUGGAUGUGAUCAACGCAUUGUCUUCUACGACAGUAUGGGACGACAAGUUCGCACAUUUGAUUACUCACGUACGGAUGGUGAACGUGAAUUUACCGUGGCUGCCUGCAGCCCCAAUGGACAGGCCGUGGCCUUUGGCAGCUACGACCGCAUACGCAUAUUUACCUGGAGUCCCCGUCUGGCUGCUUGGAGUGAGAGUGCUACCAAGGAUAUAAAUUUCUUUUAUACAGUCACCUGUUUGCUCUGGCGCCGGGAUGGUGCAAGACUUGCCAUGUCAAGUGUGACGGGUGCUGUUAUCAUAUUUGAAUCAGUGUUGAAACGCACCAUAUGGCAGGAUAAAUUUGAAUUAAUUUUUGUUGCACCCAGUCAAUUGCUGGUACGUUCGCUACAAGAACCCAACGAACAAAUGACCAUUGAAUCCCAGUUGGGUUUAGAAAUCGAUGAUGUGCGUAUUAUGGGCAAGGACAAUUAUUUGGUGGCUCGCACAGAGGAAUCUCUUAUAUUGUGUGAUCUCACAAGGAAUCUGGUCAGUGAGGUGCCAUGGACAGCUUCAGGUCGGCAUGAGCGUUUCUAUUUUGAAAAUCCCACUGUCUGUUUGAUAUUUAACGUGGGCGAAUUGAGUUUGGUCGAAUAUGGGGAGCCACAAAUUUUGGGUUCGGUGAGAACGGAAUUUGUUAACCCCCAUGUGAUAUCGGUGCGCCUGAACGAGCGAGGAACUACAAGAGAUAACAAAAAGCUGGCCUUCCUCUUGGAUGCCAAAACAAUUUGUGUGGUGGACCUAAUUAGCCAAAUGGUCAUUGGUCAAGUUAAUCAUGAGACAAAAAUCGAUUGGAUCGAGCUUAGUGAAACAGCCCACAAAUUGCUAUUUCGUGACAAGAAAAUGCGUCUCAUACUAAUUGAUAUUUAUACGGGCAAAAAACAAACGCUUCUCAAUAACAUCUCAUUUGUGCAAUGGGUGCCACAAAGUGAUGUGGUGGUAGCACAAAGCAAUAACAAUUUGGCCAUUUGGUAUAACAUCGAUUUGCCUGAGCAUUUAACGCUGAUGCCUAUACGAGGUGAAGUCUUGGAGGUCAUACGGGAAGGGGGUCGAACUAUGGUCUGCUCACAGGAGGGGCCCACUGAACACACCUAUCAACUCGAUGAAGGUCUAGUGGAAUUUGGUACAGCAGUUAAUGACAGUGAUUUUGGUAGAGCCAUACAUUUUCUCGAAACACUGGGUGACAAACCAGCCGCCAAGGCAAUGUGGCAUAAUUUGGCCAUCAUCUCCAUGGAAGAUGGCAACUUGAGAGUUGCACAACGUUGUUAUGCUGCCCUAGGCAAUGUCUCAAAAGCUUUCUAUAUAAACGAAAUGGUUGAGGAGGCGGAUAAAUUUGAAGAGUCGACAGGUUCUCCGGGUAUACAAUGUCCUGAAGUACGGGCCAAAUUGGCUUUACUUUCGUCGGACUUAAGAAUGGCAGAAAGAAUUUACUUAGAGCAGGGAGAUUUGGAAGCAGCAUUGGAUAUGUAUAAAAAAUUAAGAAUGUGGGAUGAAGCGGUCAGUUUGGCGGAGAUAAGGGGAUAUUUGGGCCUAAUGCAGUUGAAAGAUGAUCAAAUGACUUUUCUGUUGACCACGGGGCAGGAGGAGAAAGCUGGCCAGGUGCUGGAAGAACAAGGUGAAGUCGAAAAAGCAAUGUCAUUGUUUUUGAAAGCCAACAAGCCAGCCAGGGCAGCAAGAUUGGCCUUGAAGACCCCUCAUCUAAUGGAUGAUCAUUCUCUGAUGAUGAAAGUAACUGAGGGUUUGGUCAACACGGAAUUGUUUGAAAUGGCCGGGGACAUAGCCUAUCGCUUGUCACGCCCUGAAGCUGCCCUUACAUUAUACCGCAAGGGUGGGGCUUUUGCCAGAGCCUUGGACCUGGCUCGCCAACUGGCGCCCGAUGAGGUAACUUCCCUUGAAGAAGAAUGGGGUGAUUGGUUGGUGUCGCGCAAGCAACUAGAUGCCUCCAUUAAUCAUUAUAUUGAAGCUGGAGCUACACAAAAAGCUUUGGAGUCCGCUGUAGGUGCUAAGCAAUGGCGCAAGGCAGUACAAAUCGCCAAAGUUCUAGACGAACCCGAGGAGAUACAACGCUAUGCCUUGGAUUUAUCAAAGCAUUUGGCAUUUGCUGGCGAUGUAGAUGGAGCCGAAGAUCUUUUAGUUCGAGCCAAUCUUUUCAAAGAAGCCAUAGAACUACUCAAUCGUCAUGGUAAAUGGGAAAAGGCAUAUGCUAUUGGCGAGAAAUAUCUCAAGUCCGAAGAAAUGCGUGAUCUAUUUGUCAACCUGGCUGGUGGUCUGGAGGAGCAGGGCAAAUAUCGAGAUGCUGAGAAGGUUUUGCUGGCUGUCAACGAACCAGAUUUGGCCAUAGCCAUGUAUAAACGCCGUGAGCUGUACGAUUCCAUGAUACGUUUGGUGGAACGGUAUCACAAAGAUUUGCUCGAAAGCACCCACCAACAUUUGGGUCGUACUUUGGAAACCAAAGGCAAAUUUAAGAAUGCCGAAGUUCAUUACUUGGCAGCUGGCGAUUGGAAAUCGGUGGUUCACAUGUAUUGUUCCGCUGGUCGUUGGGAGGAUGGCUACCGGGUGGCCAAGCAGAAGGGCACAGACGGCGCUAGCAAUCAGGUGGCAUAUAUGUGGGCAAAAUCCAUGCCCGUUGAGAGUGCCGUUAGGCUUCUCAACAAAUUGGCUCUGCUGGACACAGCUGUCGGCUUCGCUUGUGAUUCAGGCCAAUUUGAUUUUGCCAUGGACCUUUGUCGUUUCGCUGGCAAAUCCACGGAUGAAGUCCAUCUCAAAAUAGCUAUGGCCCUGGAAGAUGAGGGCAAAUUUGAACAAGCCGAAGCUGAGUUCAUUAAGGCCAAUAAGCCCAGGGAGGCCAUUCUAAUGUACACGCAUGCAGGUGACUGGACUGCUGCCUUGAAUGUGGCCGAAACACAUUUGCCCGAGGCAGUGGCUGAGAUUCUCAUCAGCCAAGCCAAUGCGGCCUUGGAAACAAGGAACUUCUCUGAUUACGAGGACCUUAUGCUGAGGGCUCAUCGUCCGGAUCUCAUCACCGAGUAUUACAAGAACGAGGGCAUGUUCGAUGAGGCCAUACGCAUAGCUGAAGAUCACUUCCCUGCUGCUCUGAAUGAUUUGAGACGCCUGCAGCUGCAAGAGCAAAGACGUAGUGGCACCGCCGGAGGUGGUGCUGGAGGCUCAGGAAGUCAAGCCAAUGACUCGAGGUCAUAUUUGCAAAGAGCUGCAGAAUUUGCCAAGAAGGAGGAUUUCCGCAAGGCUGCCGAAUGCCUUAUGCAAAUCGAUCACACAAAUGCCGAUGAUGCAGCCACAGUUGAAAGAGCUCUACUAAGAGCUGCUGAAAUUUGCAAUCAAUUCUUGGAGGGAAGAGAUGCCAUUGAAGUGGCCAAUCAAUUGGGGCCACGUCUAUUGCAGAUAAAACAAAUAGGCCCAGCCGCUCAGCUUUAUUUGGCUGCUGAAAUGCCCAAAGAGGCGGUGGAUGUUUUCAUUAAGGCCGAACAGUGGUCCAAGGCCAGAAGGCUGGCCAAAGAACUCGAUCCCGAGUUAAUGGCCUAUGUGGAAGUGCAACAAAAAACCCGUCUCAAAAGUGAGGGUAAUGUGGAACAAUUGGCGGAUAUAGAUAUUGUCAGCGCUUUGGACAUGUUAGCCGAACAAGGCCAAUGGCAACGUUGCUUGGACAAGGCCAAACAAAUCAGCCCUCCAGUUCUGCACAAAUAUGUUGCGCUCUAUGCCGCCCAGCUUAUACGAGAUGGUGAUAGUGUCUCUGCUUUGGGUCUGUAUAUGAACUAUGGAGCUCCCCCCUUGGAGGCAAAUUUUAAUAUUUACACCAGAAUUGCCUUGGAUUGUUUUGCAUUGCGUGAAGAGGAAUGCCUGGAUGGUUUAUGGAGAAAAUUAAGAGAUUUUCUCUAUCGUUUGUUGCAGACCUUAAGAUCAUCGGAUUAUUCCCAAGCACCCAUUUGCCAGAGCAUGGAACAAUAUAUGCAAAUAGCCCACUAUUACAGUGCCCGUAGUGCCUGUCGUCAUGUACAAGCCUUACAUCCCAUAGCUGUACGUAUAUCCAUAGCUCUAUUGCGUUACACCGAUAUUAUACCCGUGGACAAGGGUUUCUAUGAAGCUGGCAUGGAUCUACGCAAUGCCGGUCGAGAGGCUGAAGCUUUUGUUAUGCUCAAUCAUUAUUUGGAUGUGUGUGAGGCCAUAGAAGAUGGUUCAGGCAAUUUAGUGGAUCACUCCGAUUUGGCAUCAACAGAUUUUCCCAGCUCAGUUCCCAUACCCGAAGAAAUACAUUUGAAAAAUGAUCCUAGUCUUCAUGAAGAGGUGCGAGAAUGGGUAUUGGCUGUUAGCAUGGAUCAGCAAGUAGAUCAGGUUUUACCCGUCGAUGAUCGUGGUUUAUACGAAUCCAGUUUGGGUAUGAAUGAUAUUGCCUGCGUUCUGAGUGGUUACCCAGUCAGAGGUCGUCAACCAGUUACAUUUCAAUCUUCAGUACGACAAGCAAAUCGUGAUGUUUGGAGUAAAUUCUCGGUUGCCAUUAAAUUAUCGCCCACAAGUGAAGUUGGCGAUAUAAUUGCGUUCACCGAAAAGUGGAAUGGUUUGGCCAAUUUUGUAAUGCAUUAAAUAUUGGAGAUGGAUUUUAACUAUGUAGCAGUUCUAUGAAUAAAAAGUUUUAUCGUCGAUUGCAUGACACA